AUGGCGGACAGUUUCUCUCAAGCGGGCCGGCGCCUCCACCAGCUCAAAGACUCCCUCGUCGGCAAGACAGCCACAACCAUCCCCUUCGAUCCGGACUCGACGUCGUUUCCGACGCGAAAGAAUCUGCCCAAGAUCGUCGGCGCUCCGGACGAGGCGGCCUGGGUCUGGGGCAAGGACGACAACAUCGGGCGCUUGAAUCUGCUUACGCCGACACGAGUCAAGGCUGCCGCAGCGGAGGUGCGGACGGGCGAGAUGGCACGACUGGACCUCCCGCUCGACGUGCCCUUGCAGCCGGCGUUCAAUCGGCAAAGGUUCGAGCACCGGAUCAUCGACAUCCACGACAGCGUGGCCUUCGACGACAUUUACCAUCUCAACACGCAGAGCGGGACACAGUGGGACGGGUUCCGGCACUUCGCACACUUGCCGACCAAGACCUUCUACAACAACACGCACGCCGCGGACAUUGUCGGCUCGGAAGCGAACCACAAAUGCAGCAUCCAUCACUGGUCCACACACGGCUUCUCCGGCCGCGCCGUCCUGCUGGACUACAGAAGCUACGCAGACACCCAGGGCAUCAAGUAUGACACAGCGACGGCGCACGCCAUUUCCUACGACGACCUGGUCGCGUGUGGCAAACACCAAGGCCUCGACAUCCGCCCCGCCGCCCAGGGCGGCGACAUCAAGAUCGGCGACAUCCUGCUCAUCCGCUUCGGCUGGACCGUGGACUAUUACAGGCGCACGCCCGAGGAACGCGAGCGCCUCGCUCUGCGCGGCAGCGACGGCGCAACUUUGGGCUCGGGCCACGACGACCCUGCCUCUACCGCCCAGUGGGCCGGGCUCAAGCAGGAGGAAGCCAUCAAAGACUGGCUGCACGACUGCUACUUCGCUGCUGUCGGCGGCGAUGCUCCUACCUUUGAGCGCUGGCCCACCCCCGAAUCGUACUAUCUGCACGAAUAUAUCCUCGCGCUUUGGGGUAUGCCGUUGGGCGAGAUGCUGGACCUGGAAAAGGCCAGCGAACUCGCCAAGAAGAACCGUCGCUGGACCUUCUUCUUCUCUAGCAGUCCUGCCAAUUGUCCUGGCGGUGUCGGCAGCCACGCCAACGCCACCGCCAUCUUCUAA